AUGGGUGAAGGGGUAGUGCCAUCUGUAAAGAGCACUGGGAUCCUUUCGGAUGAAAGCUGCUCUUCAAGCCCUGGACCCCACAGCCUGAUGGUUUCUGUGUUUCUAGAUAACCUGUGGAGUGACCAGAACCUGGAGACAGAUCCUGAUCUUCCCCCAGGAUGGAGGAAAAUUCGCGACUCCUCUGGCACUUACUAUUGGCAUGUGCCCACGGGCACCACACAGUGGCAACAUCCAUCGUGCAACUCUGGUCUGGGAGGAAGCCUGGGGCCUGGUGGCGAUGCUACAUUACAGGAAAUGGAUCUCCAGGCAGCCACAGUAAAGCACUUGUCUAAGGAGAUGCCCAUUCCCAGUCCAAUGGCAUCAUUGCCCAGAAGAACCUCACUGGCCUGGCACAGGGAGGAGUUUCACAGCAGCAGUAUGGAGCCAGGCUCUAAGUGCUUUGCUGUGCGUUCCCUGGGCUGGGUGGAGAUCCCAGAGGAGGACUUGGCCCCUGGCAAGAGCAGCAUUGCAGUGAACAACUGCAUCCAGCAGCUUUCACAGAGCAAAUGUGAGAGUUUGGACCCUGCAGGCAGCUGGGGUGAGGGCCAGAACAUGGUGAUGAUCCUGAAGAAGGACACAAUGAGCUUGGUGGACCCUCUGGACCACAGCCUGAUCCACUGCCAGCCCAUCAUCAAUAUCCGUGUCUGGGGGGUGGGCUGCAACAAUGGCAGGGAUUUUGCUUUUGUGGCCAGUGACAAGGAUACAUGUAUGCUGAAGUGCCACGUCUUCCACUGCAAUGUGCCUGCCAAGGCAAUAGCCAAGGCCCUGCAUGAGAUGUGCUCCAAGCUUAUGGCCGAGCGGGCAGUGACCAACAACAGCCUUACCCGAUCUGUUACACUGGAGCCCAUCUCUCCAGACAACCUGCCACUGCAAGUGGAUAUUCUGGACGCUGUGAGGCAGUCUAUCCAGAAGUAUGAUGCCCUCUACAUUGGCAGCUUACCUGUGUCCAAAGCAAUGGGGAUGGAUGUGCUGAAUGAGGCCAUUGAGAACCUGACAAACAGUCAUGGCCGUGAGCAGUGGACCCCAUCCCUUAUCAGCGUGUCAGACUCGGUGAUGAAAGUGCACCAGGCAGAGGCUGACGAGGAAGAUGCCCACAUCUGGGAAUGCCAGGUCCGCUACGUGACCUUCAUCGGGGUUGGGAAGGAUGCCCACACCUUUGCUCUCAUUGUAGAUUUGGGGCAGCAGCAUUUCCAGUGUACGGCUUUCUGGUGUGAGCCAGAUGCUGGCACCAUCUCCGAGGCCGUGCAAGCAGCAUGCAUGGUGCAGUACCAGAAGUGUUUGGUGGCCUCCACCUCACGGAUGAGGCCAAAGGGCGCCUCACGCUCCAUGCUGAAAAUGAAGAGGACAGCAUCUGUUGACUCCCCAGGGUGCCCAUUUUCUGCCACAGGCCAUGUCCUGCAGAAAAGUGGCAGUGGCACCAGUACUCGCAAAAGAGGGGUCCUCUCUUUUUUGGAAGUGUUCCGGCAGAAGCAUUCCAUGCUACACACCCCGUAGACUGCAAGCUGUGGGCUGGGGAGGGUUCGUGUGGGGGGUCGGGGGUGGUAGGGAC